CGUAUGUAUCUGCGUGAUAUACGUUUUCAUUGCAUAUAUAAUGUAUAUACAAACGUACUCAAAUCGUUUUCAAUAUAAAGUAUCGGUGUACGCAAUUCGUCGUGCAGGUGCAACAAAAAUUAAUGUCGCCGAUGCGAUUUUCAAAUGAUCACGAUUUUUCGGAUUGCAAGUAUGAAAUAUUGGUUUCCUUGACGUGUGUCGAGUUUACAACCGUACUAUACAGUUUUCCUGUAUUGCUAGUUCGAGUGUCAAUUAGACUGUUUUUUUCGACUAUCCAUCUUUUUUUUCAAUUGGAAGAACAUGCGAACUUGGGCUAUAAUAUUUUUCGGACAUUACAUUUUUGUUGAAGUCGCAUUUGCCGGGUACCAAAUUGGAUUUAAUCAGUAUGGCAAGCCGUUUCAAAACAACGGUAAUCGACAAUCCCAGUUUGACAAUAAUCCGUACCUAAACCCUAUUUUUAAUCGUCCAAAUAAUGGUAACUUAAAUCGGCCUGGCAACGGUAAUUUUAAUCGUCCGGGCAAUGGAAACUUUCAACCAUCGACUAACGGAAAUUUCAAUCAGCCUAGCGGAGGAAGUUUCAACCCUUCAAAUAAUGGCAAUUUCAACCGACCGGGUAAUGGAAACUUUCAACCGUCAACUAACGGAAAUUUGAAUCAGCCUAGUGGAGGAAGUUUCAACCGCCCGGGCAAUGGAAACUUUCAACCGUCAACUAACGGAAAUUUGAAUCAGCCUAGUGGAGGAAGUUUCAACCGCCCGGGCAACGGAAACUUUCAACCGUCGACUAACGGAAAUUUGAAUCAGCCUAGUGGAGGAAGUUUCAACCCUUCGAAUAAUGGUAAUUUCAACCGCCCAGGUAAUGGAAUUUUAAAUCGUCCUGGCAGUGGUACUUUCUACCCCCCAAGCAACAAUGGCAAUCGACCUGGAAAUAGUAAUUUAAACCCUGGCAAUGGAAAUUUCAAUCGUCCAGGAAACAAUAAUUUUAACCCUGGUAAUGGAAAUUUUAAUCGUCCGGGAAACAAUAAUUUUAACCCUGGCAAUGGAAAUGUCAAUCGCCCAGGAAACAAUAAUUUUAACCCUGGUAAUAAUGAUUAUAACCGUCCAGGGCAAAAUCCCCCAUCCAAUACUGAUGCUGGAAAUCGACCAACAGCUGCUAACGAAAAUAUUAGUGGACCGCAAACCCAACAAGCGAAAGAAAUUGUGAACGCUCAAAUCGAAAAAAUUAGAAAUCGGAUUAAUGCAGCCCUACCUAAUAACAACAACGAUAUAAGCUAUACAAUCAAUAGCUAUCUGCAAUCGCAGUCGAUGAAGUUCGUGGAAGCCACCUUGGACCGACGAACUGGCUACAAAUUGCAAUUGCUCAAUACCACUAACGGUCGUCGUGCAACAAUUUUAGCAACGAAUUUUAAUCCUCCGAGCUCGCCGCUUCAUUAUUUCGACGAAACGGAGGAACUAAUUUUGGAAAACUUCAAUUUCCGACUGAAUCGACGUUACAACUCUCAAAACAAUAGCCUCGAACCGGCUUGCGUGGAAUUGUCGACCAGAUGUGUUGCCCUUGGCUCGAAAGUCAUCGCGCCGGGCGGCCCAACUCCUCAAAUUUUGUCGCUCGGUCAGUACAGGCCCGUAAAAAUCGUCACUACCAACGAUCGGGGUCGAACGAUCGAAACGAUGACUUCAAACUACAUCUCUCGAGUAAUCGAAAGCCAACGUAAUCAGGGUCGUGGCUCGAUCAUUUACAACGAAAGCGAGGAUCUCAUGUUGCGCGAUCGAAUUUUUCACACGGACAAGAAGUACGAUCCGAAAUCAAAAACCAUAGAGAUCACGACCUACAACUAUUUGGCGAAUCAAGCGAGACCUAGUCGAGUGCGUGCCACGCUUUAUCGUGUAAACAAAUGUACUUUCAAUUUAGUCGGAACACGAAAUUGAAUUUUCAUGGAUGACUUCAAUGAGCAAAUUUAACUAAAAAAUAUUAAUUUUGUAACCAACCAAUUGUUACUUUACCAUCAAUGUAUUACGCAAACUGCAAACUUCGUCUGAACAUAAUUACUGUUAUAUACUUAGAUUUGGCGUAAAUUAUAAUGUUUUCAAAUGUAGUAAAUGAA